AUGCUGACCAGCUUUUUGGAAGGUCUCCUCUGCUGCCUGACCUCAAAGUCGGCCAACAUCGUGGUUCCAGUAGAAACCUCAGAACCCGCCGAUGGCUACGAGUUUGUGGAGGUGAAACCAGGCCGGGUCCUGCGGGUUCGACACAUCAUCCCUGAGCGGCCGGUGGUGGAGGAACCCACCGGGCAGGGUGGGAGUGUCAGCUGCAAACGAAAGAUCACAGUGUAUCGCAAUGGACAACUUUUCAUUGAGAACUUGGGCGACACAGCGAGUGAUGAGGUGAAAAACGGCCAGAAUGGAAAGACAGAACCUAACAGUCCAGUAGAGGUUGAACAUGCUGACUGUGCUAUCACCUCACCACCCGUCAGCAUCCCUGAGGCCCGGUCAGACGGCAUCACAGCUGGAGACAAGGGGGCAUCUGAAGCAGGAGUAAGAGACUCGGCACCUGCUGCUGAACAGAACGACCAAUUACAGCCAAGGAUACGCAAGCGGAAACCCAAACGCACGGUGGUGAUCGACUGCGAGAGGAAGAUCUCGGCCUGUAAAGGGACACACCAGGACGUGGCCCUGUUCUUCAUCCAUGGAGUGGGAGGCUCGCUGGACAUCUGGGGAAGCCAGCUGGACUUCUUCUCUCGGCUGGGCUACGAGGUCAUCGCCCCAGACCUGGCGGGUCACGGAGCCAGCUCGGCCCCGCAGAUCGCUGCAGCGUACACGUUCUACGCCCUGGCUGAGGAUAUGAGACUCAUCUUCAAGAGAUACGCACGGAAGAGGAACAUUCUCAUCGGACAUUCUUACGGUGUGUCGUUCUGCACGUUCCUGGCUCACGAGUAUCCGGAGCAGAUCCACAAGAUGGUGAUGAUCAACGGCGGUGGUCCCACGGCUCUGGAGCCCAGCCUCUGCUCCAUCUUCAACCUGCCCACCUGCGUGCUUCACUGUCUGUCGCCGCUGUUCGCCUGGAGCUUUCUCAAGGCCGGCUUUGCUCAGCAGGGUGCCAAGGAGAAGCAGCUGCUGAAAGAGAACAAUGCCUUCAACGUGUCGUCCUUUGUGCUGCGCGCCAUGAUGAGCGGGCAGUACUGGCCCGAGGGGGACGAGGUCUACCACGCCGAGCUCACCGUGCCCAUCCUGCUGGUGCACGGCAUGCACGACAAGUUUGUUCCCGUGGAGGAGGAUCAGCGCAUGGCAGAGAUCCUCCUAAUGGCCUUCCUGAAGCUGCUGGAGGAUGGCAGUCACAUGAUAAUGAUGGAGUGUCCCGAGGUCGUCAACACACUCCUGCAUGAGUUUUUCCUCUGGGAGCCCGCCACCCCUCCGCCGCCAAAGAAAGAGUCCAAAACACGUCCGGAGACUGCCAAAGCCAACUCUGACAACGCCAAGGCCUCGUCUGAGCCCGCCAAGGUCCGACCUGCGACUGCCAGGCAAACCUCAUCAAACUGCGGCCCGGAGGAGAAGCCAGACAGCCGGGCCAAGAAAUGA